AUGGCACAAAAAAACAUUUCAUUACUAUUCAUAGCUCUUACACUCACCAUCUUUGCCUCACAGAUAGCAGCUGGCCUCUUUGGGUCUAUAAGCGGCAGCUCCUCAAGCGAGGAAGUUUCUGCGUCAAGCGAGGAGGUUUCUAUGUCAAGCGAGGAAGUUUCUAUGUCAAGCGAGGAAGCUUCUGAGGCAAGCGCGAGUGCUUCUGAGGCAAGUAUGAGUGCUGCUGGAUCAAGUGCGAGUGCCGCUGGGUCAAGUCAGAGCGCGGGUGCUGCCGGGUCAAGCCAGAGUGCGAUUGCUGCCGGAUCAAGCAAGAGCGCGGGUGCCGCUGGGUCAAGCAAGAGCGCGGGCGCUGCCGGAUCAAGCAAGAGUGCAGGCGCGGCCAAAAGCGCUGCGAUUAACUCGUGA